GCACGUUCUCCCGCCGCGUCGCACCGCAUGGCGGCAUUGGCGGGCUGCAAGAAGUGACAUAACGCGUUGUCUUUUGAGAACGGCGUGCGCGGAGCAAGUCUUGGCAGCAAAAUCCACAGCCUCGUAUAUGGAAAAGCAUUUGCUGUCCGCACCAGCGCAAGGACGUAAAAAGCCAAAACUAGCUCAGCGGGAACUGGGGCUGCCUUGAUACAAUACAGUAGGUGUUCGGAACUCGAUAUCCAGCCGUGCUCAAACUGGUUUUAGAAUUCUAGAUGGCUAACUAUCAGCCGCCACCAGGCAGCAGGGGCGGGAGUACCCGCCCAUCACCCUCUCCAUCACCGUACGGCUCCCCACAACCUGAGCGUCGCGGACCCCUACCCGCUGUUCCCGGACCCGCAGGGCCUGCGCACCUAGCUGGAAGUUACAACCCACCACCUCCCCUCCACCCCCACUCGAGCUAUGAGGAAGUCAGCCAUGCAUACCCGCCUGCACAAAACUUCACCCCAUCAGAGGCGAGCAGCACGUUGAAUGAUACGAGGCGCUCGCAAGUAACGGGGCCGCGACUGGGUUAUGACGACAGGAAGCCGUCGGUAGGCAGCUUCCAGGUGCCACUGCCACCGGCGGGAGCUUAUCCGAAUCCGCCGCCGAAUGAUAGGCAAGGGGGUUAUCAUGGCACGCCGAGUGCAUCUCCGCAUCCAUCUGCCCAUGCAUCACCGCAGCUGCCGCGUCGAACAACGCCUCAGCCGGCGAAUUCCCUGGCACCUCCAUCAGGAUCGUAUCCAAUGCAGGAUUACACCAGAUCAAAUCCCGUCUCACCCGCCCCGGGCCGACGGCAAUACCCGUCACAAGACCCAUUGCCAACACGGGGCUCAGCGUCUAUAGAUACAUUGGGCGAUGUAGGAGGCGCGGGGGCUGCAGUAGGACCGGGGAGAUUCACAACUGUGCGCCGGAAAGUGCCCCUGAAGACGGGGAACUUUGUCGUGGACUUUCCCGUAUCUGAGCGGUAUCUCGACAUGUGCAACAUAAAGGAAGGGCAUGAGUUUACUCAUUUGCGGUAUACCGCUGUUACGUGUGAUCCUGACGAGUUUGGGAAGCCGGAGUCGGGGUAUACGCUGAGACCGAAGCUUUUUACCCGGGAUACCGAGCUGUUCAUUGUGAUGACCAUGUACAAUGAAGACGAAGAAUUGUUCGCAAAAACGAUGACCAGCGUCCAAAAGAACAUAGCCUACAUGUGUUCUGACAAAUGCCCCUACACAUGGGGCCCCAACGGAUGGCAAAACAUCGUCGUAUGCGUCGUCUCCGACGGCCGCACAAAAGUCGACAAGCGGGUCUUGAGCAUGCUGCAAGUCAUGGGCGUCUACUCGCCCGGAUUGGAGAGGACGCAGGUGGAGACCAAACCUGUGUCUGCGCACUUGUUUGAGUUUACCACCCAGAUCGCGAUCGAUAAGGAGUUGAAUAUUCGGACUCAUCGGAAUGGGAUGGUGCCCGUGCAGGUGCUGUUUUGUCUGAAGGAGAAGAAUGCGAAGAAGAUCAACAGCCACCGAUGGUUCUUCAACGCCUUUGGACCAGUCCUGAACCCCAACGUAUGCGUCCUCCUGGACGUCGGAACAAAGCCGACAGGGACAUCUAUCUACCACUUAUGGAGAGCCUUCGAUCGCGAUCCCCAGGUUGGCGGUGCCUGUGGGGAGAUUGUGGCCGAGCUCGGGAAAGGAUGGAAGAAUCUUCUGAAUCCGCUUGUUGCGGCUCAGAAUUUCGAGUAUAAAAUGUCGAAUAUUCUCGAUAAACCUCUUGAGUCGGUCUUCGGAUACAUUCAAGUCCUGCCCGGGGCUUUCUCGGCUUACCGAUACAAGGCUCUGCAGAAUUCCACCCCCACCAGCGGUCCUCUGGCCAGUUACUUCCAAGGAGAGAAUCACUCCGGGCAAACCGACGUAUUCAAAGCAAACAUGUAUCUCGCAGAAGAUCGGAUCCUCUGCUUCGAGCUCGUGACGAAGCUAAACGAGAACUGGGUCCUCAAAUACGUCAAGAACGCCUCAGCGGAGACCGACGUACCCGGCGCUCUCCCUGAGCUGAUCUCGCAAAGGCGGCGCUGGCUCAAUGGGAGCUUCUUCGCCGCCGUACAUGCCGUGACGAAUUUCAAGCUGCUCUGGCGGUCGAGCCACUCGGGGUCGCGAAUCGCCGUUCUGAGCUUUCAAGAGAUUUAUAAUAUCUACAAUCUGAUUUUUAGUUGGUUUUCUGUUGGCAAUUUCUACCUCACUUUCCACUUUUUGUUCCAAGGAACGAAUAACGAAGCAACAGAUCCAUUCAAUGGGGCUGGCCCCACGAUGUUCGUCAUUCUGCGUUACUUCUAUAUCGGGGCUAUCGUCGCCCUUGUCAUUGCUUCCUUCGGGAAUCGACCACAAGGCUCCAAAACCCUCUACUACUCCAUCCUUGUUCUCUUCGCCAUCCUAAUGGGCUUCCUGCUCUUCAUGGGCGGCAACGCCGUGUACAAGGGGAUCCCCAAAACAACGGCGGAUUGGGACAACAUCGGACACAAGCUGAUCAACGAACCGUCGUUCCGCGAUAUUGUGAUAUCGCUCGGGUCUACGUAUGGGUUGUAUUUCGGGUCGUCGGUCUUGCAUUUGGAUCCGUGGCAUUGUGUGACGAGUAUGGUGCAGUAUUUGUUGCUGUUGCCGGUUUAUAUUAAUGUGUUUAUGGUUUAUGCAUUUUGCAAUUUGCAUGAUAUCAGUUGGGGAACAAAGGGAGAUAACGUUGCACAGGGUGCCAUUGCCGGCACUUCCGUAGCCGUAAAGAAAAACGAUUCCAGCGAAGCGGAGGUGACCGUCGACCUACCCCUCGACGACGCAGACGAGCUUAAUUCGCGUUUCUCCUCAACCCUCGAAGGGCUCGUCCGCCGCCCGGAAAAACAACGCUCCUCCCGUGACCGUCAAACAAAGAUCGACGAUUAUUUCAGAAUGUACCGCACACGAGUCGUCCUCGCCUGGAUAUUUUCCAACUCCGUCCUGGUUAUUGUGUUUUCCACGCAGACGAUCAUGGACAAGUUGUAUGCGCAUGUGGAUACGAAAGGCGGGACGGUGAACCCGUAUCUUUCGUUCAUUUUUUGGAGUGUCGCGGCUCUGUCGGCGGUGCGGUUUGUGGGGAGCGCUGCUUAUAUUUGUCAGUGGCUUAUGGAGGGAGCGAGUGGUGCGGUAGGGGGCAAACGGAAGUUUGUGUCGAGGCAGGAGCAUGAGAGACAACACAAUACGCCUGUGCCUGUCCCUGGCAAAGCAGCACAUUAGUGUUCUUGGAAACUACGGAAUUACUCUCUGAAACAUUUUUAGCGUGCAUUCCAUGAUAAUGGGACUUUACAUAAUGACACAUCCUAUGGAUUCUUCUGUCCGUCGCCCGUUCUCACAGGAUUUGGUGGGAUGGAAAAACGUGCGUUGGGCAGCUUGGUGGUGGCAAAUCGGGG